AUGGAGGGUAGUUUGGUACAACAACUCGAGGAUGACGAAACAUUCAAGCAGUUUCUCGAGGAAGACUUUGAUGUCAAAGCACACUCAAACAAGGCUAUUCAGAGCCUGGCCAUAUCAGACCAUCUUGGCAAGUUGUCAGAGGGAAUAACUCUCCUUGACAAAGAAAUCCAUUCUCAGAUUGUCGCACAUCAUGGAGAUUUGCUUUCACAGGCGUCUGGAGUAGAAACAUUAGAAGGUGUGUUGCAAAUGAUGCAGACUAGGAUUCAGUCCCUGUUAACUGCCAUGGACAGAGUUCGAAUGAAAGUCACUGAGCCAUACCAAAAGAUUCUUAUUCAGACAACAAAACUAAGACGUCUCCAGGAAACCUGCGACUUGUUGCGUAAAAUUAUACGCAUCAUGUAUUUAAGUAAGAAGUUGCACAGUCAGCUGGGAGGGGGAGCCAGAGAGAUUACAAAAGCUGCACAGAGUUUGAAUGAACUUGACUAUGUGUGUGAGGGAUCUGAUCUAAGUGGUGUAGAAGUGAUAGAGCAAGACAGACGAUUCAUUAAACAAGCUCGAAAGGAAGUGGAGGCUCAUGCUCAAAAAAUGCUUGAACAAGGAAUGGAAACACAGAAUCAGAUGCAAGUUGCCACAGCAUUACAGGUGUUUUAUAACUUGGGCAGUUUGCAACAAAUCGUUGAAAAAGUUGUGACUGCAUGUAAAGAACACCUAUAUGGGAAUGUGCGCAAGGCUUUGGAUGUUCAAAAUCUGACUCCUCAACAUCACCAUGGUAGAGGAGCACCCGGUAGAGCAGCAAUGCCUGCCCCAGGUAACACUGCAGCCUUCCGUGCUAAUCUGUGGACUAACAUGGAGAAGUUGAUGGACAACAUAUACUCUGCUUGUGCUCAGGUACAGCAUUUACAAAAAGUACUGGUAAAGAAACGAGAUCCUGUGAGCCACGUCUGCUUCAUGGAUGAAUUAGCCAAGGAUAAGGAUGGCCUAGUUAACAUCAUGCAAUCAUUCUGGGAAGCUAUUACAAAGAUGUUAACAGUGGAAUUUGGGGAAGCAGCUAAUGGCUCCACAUUUCUCAAACAAGCAUUUGAAGGGGAAUUCCCAAAACUUUUGAGGCUGUACAAUGAUUUGUGGAAGAGGCUCCAACAGUUUAGUGCCAAUAUGAACAUUACAUCUAGUGCUAGUGCUCCCGUGCCGGAAGUACCACAUGAGGGUGUGGAGACAGAUCUCUUCUGUACAGAUGGCAACCUAAAGGCAGAAUAUAAUCCAGAGGAAGCAUUGCGGAAGUCACUUCAUGCAUUUGAGACAGCGUACCUGUCUCGGUCAUUGUCAAGACUUUUUGAUCCCAUAAACCUGGUGUUUAGCUCUGGAUCUCAGAAUCCUCCUACAUCAGAGGAGGUGGACAGCAUUGUCAAGGUAGUGGGCAGUGAGCUUAAUGUGGCUGCAGUAGAUGGGAACCUCAGUGUGCUUGUGGCAAAGAACGUGGGGAAAACCAUACAGCUCUUUUGUGUGAAAAGCGAGCAGUUGAUUUCGACUGACGGAGAGGCCAGCCAGGUAAUUGGUCCCACCUCACCUGGACAGCAGCUUAAUGCAGCUGUCGUGAACACAUUGUACCAGCUUCAUACAGCCAUUGUCAGUACAAUAUCAAAUUCAAAUCAUCUUCCAGAGGCUGCUAAAAGUCACAUUGACAAUGCCUUAAAGGAUGUUGUGGCACUCAUGAGCAAUACAGUCAACCCUCUAUUCUCUUCAAUUGCUGAUGCUCUAGAAGCUAUCUUGUUAACAAUGCAUCAAGAAGAUUUCUCAGGGCCAGCACCAUCUGCUGGACAGACAGAGUCUCCAUGCUCUCUGUACAUGAGGGAACUACAAGGCUUUAUCUCCCGUGCCCGGUCUGACUACCUGACACAAUUCACCUGUACAGAUUUUAUCAUGGACAGCAUACAUCCAAUAGCCUGUCGAUGUUUGGAACUGUUUGUUCGCCAUGCCAGUUUGGUCCGCCCUUUAGGUGAAGGAGGAAAGUUACGGCUGGCAGCAGACUUUGCACAAAUGGAACUGGCUAUUGCCCCCUUUUGCAGACGGGUCUCUGAUCUUGGAAAGCCUUACAGACUUCUACGAGCAUUCAGACCUCUGUUGUUCCAAACAAGUGAGCACAUUGCCCAGAGCCCAGCUCUACAAGAGAUCAUUCCUCACAGUACUGCCAUUCACUUCCUGUUUGCACGGGCUCCAUCUGAGCUCCGUUCCGUUUAUCAGCUGUCAGACUGGUCCAUCAGUCGCUAUUCACAAUGGCUGGAUGAGCAUCCAUCAGAAAAGGACCGCCUUAUGCUGAUCAAAGGGACCCUAGAGGCAUAUGUCCAAUAUGUGAGGUCGAGGCAAGGGAAGGAAUUUACACCAUUGUAUCCUAUCAUGCUAAAGUUGUUACAAGAGGGUCUGCAGCAGGCUUCAUCAUAGUCCAGUCAUGGACCACAGGGAGGCAAAUGCAAGGAAUGGUGCUGCAAGCUUCUUCACAAUCCACAGUCAUGGUUUACCACAGCAUGGAGGAUGCAAGGAAAGGUACUGCAAGCUUGAUCACAGUCCACAGUCAUGGUUUACCACAGCAUGGAGGAUGCAAGGAGUGGUGCUGCAAGCUUUAUCAGAGUCAUGGUUUACCACAACAUGGAGGAUGCAAGGUAGGGUGCUGCAAGCUUCAUCACAGUUAUGGUUUACCACAGCAUGGAGGAUGCAAAGAAUGGUGCUGCAAG